ACAGUCACGAGGGGUUGUCGGUACUUACCUGGUGUUGUCGGUACUUACCUGGUGUUGUCGGCAUUGUUCUGAACAGUUACGAGGGGUAGUCGGUGCCUACCUGGUGUUGCCGGUACUUACCUGGUGUUGUCUGCAUUGUUCUGUGGUGUCUCAAUAGAGAAAAUGAAGACAAAGCAAGAAAAUGGACUGGAAUCAUCAAAGGACAAAGUGAAUGUUUUAGCGGAAGCGAGUCAGCUAAAAUGGUCGUCACGGCAGGAGUUCAUCAUUUCUCUCCUCGGUUAUUCGCUCGGUCUGACAGACAUAUGGAGGGUACCCUACUUAACCUACAGAAAUGGAGGAGGUGCGUUCUUGAUUCCGUACAUAUUCUUCAUGCUGGUCUGCGGGAUUCCACUUUAUUUCCUGGAAAUCAUGACGUCACAAUUUUCUGGGAAGGGAACCUGGCGUGUAUGGGAUUUUUGCCCAUUGUUCAGAGGAUUUGGCAUUGCGUUCCUCGUCAUCAAUUGGAUUGUAGCAGCCUACACCAUGCUGCACAAACCCUGGAUCAUCGAGUAUAUCAUAGCCUCGUUUUCGGCCAAACUUCCGUGGACGUCAUGUGACAAUGAGUGGAACACUCCAGCCUGUGUCCAGUCUGUUCAGACAGCCACCAACGUCACGUUCAUGUCCCCCUACAACUACACAACAGGCGCGCCUAUGUAUUCUUCAACACUGGGUUCUAUAUCAGCUGGAGGCAAUGCCACACUACUGACCCCAAUGUCCUCGGUGGAGGAGUUCUGGAAUUACAAGGUCCUAAAUAUCUCCUCCGGACUGGACGAUAUCGGGAGGCUGAACUGGAAAUACCUACUGUACCUACUGGCGUGUCACGUGAUCAUCUGGUUGUCCUUAGUCAGGAGUAUACAGUCCAUUGGCAAGAUGAUGUACGUCACAGCCAUUGCGCCGGUGGUGCUCACAUUCGUCAUUUGGAUCCGAGCUCUCACACUCCCGGGAGCCACAACUGGGAUGUCCUAUUUCAUCACACCUGACUUUGAACGCCUGACUCACUCUGAGGUGUGGAUAGAGGCAGCCUUCAUGGCUUUCUACACACUGGGACCGGCCUGGGGAGGACUGGCCAUGUACGGAAGUCACAACAAGUUCACAGACAACUGCUUUCGUGACGCCGUUAUCAGCACUGUGAUGACCGUAUGUUAUGGCCUACUUAACGGUCUAGUUAUCUUCUCUGUGAUUGGAGUUUUAUCCCACGAGAGCAACGUACCUAUCAACAAAGUUAUAACAUCAGGUGGGUUCUCCCUGGGAUUCGUGGCCUAUCCCCAGGCCAUCACCUACUUCCCCCUGCCACAGGUCUGGGCCGUCCUGUUUUUUAUUGUUCUACUGCUACCCGGCCUGGAUUGUCAGACCACCCUCAUGGAGCCGGUUCUUUGUGUAAUAGAGGAAAACUUCCCUAAAACCAUCGGCAGAAGGCGAAUCCCCCUUCUUACCGGCCUCACCAUCUUCACGUUCAUCUGCGGCAUACCACUGGCUACCCAGGCUGGUGUGUACAUGUUCCAACUGAUAGACUGGUACACUGCUACAUGGAGCGUCCUUCUCAUAGCCGUCACAGAGUCCUUCUUAUUUGCAUGGAUUUACGGAGGCGACCGCCUUAGUCGCGAUGCUUUACUGAUGUUGGGACGGCCGCUUCCUGCGUUUGUUCGGAUCGCAACGGCUUUCGUCAUGCCAGUUAUUCUAACGUUUUUGGUUCUGGUGAGCAUAUUCAAGUACAAGCCCCCGACGUACGGUACGUACCAGUACCCGGAGUACGCCCGGAGUGUCGGCUGGUGCUUCUCCAUGGCCUCCAUAGUCCCGAUCUUUGUCUACAUGGCAAUACUUGUUAAAAACGAAAAGGGAUCGUUACGAAAGAGAUUUGCGGUCCUCUUAAAACCCGCAGCUGACUGGGGGCCUUCAGAGGACAGUGUCAAGCCGGCCUACAACAGGUUGGAGCGGAAUUACCAGCGGUCGUUUAAGCGAUUAGUUAAAUUCAAUUUAACUGGACGUGGUGGAUUUGAAAAUGUUAGACGAGACUACGACAGCAAUGUGUCCGAGAUGGACUCGAUAGGCUGAUGAGACUUAUUCGCGGAUCGUCUGUAUAAAUAAUGUAAAAUCAUUAAAAACAGCUGAUGAUGACGUCAUGAUAUGUCUAAUAAAAGACAAA